UGCUUUAGUGUCGUGGUAGGCCUGGCUUCGCAGAGAGGGAGGGGAAAGGUUGUAACCACUCCUUUGAGGGGGAUCACCGAAGUCACCGUCGUGGGUUUGCACAGUCGGACGGGCGGCGCCAUGGCGGAAAGAAAAAGAACAACCAAAGUGGACUUCUUGAAGAAGAUUGAGAAAGAAGUCCAACAAAAAUGGGAUGCCAAGAAAGUGUUUGAGGUCAAUGCAUCUAAUUUAGAGAAACAGACUAGCAAGGACAAGUACUUUGUAACCUUCCCAUAUCCAUAUAUGAAUGGGCGCCUUCACUUGGGACAUACAUUUUCUUUAUCCAAAUGUGAGUUUGCAGUAGGGUACCAGAGAUUGAAAGGAAAAACUUGUCUAUUUCCCUUUGGUUUACACUGUACUGGAAUGCCUGUUAAGGCAUGUGCUGAUAAAUUGAAAAGAGAAAUAGAGCUUUAUGGUUGCCCCCCUGAUUUUCCAGAUGAGGAAGAGGAAGAAGAAGAAAUCAGUAUUAAAACAGAAGAUAUAAUAAUUAAGGAUAAAGCUAAAGGAAAAAAGAGUAAAGCUGCUGCUAAAGCUGGAUCUUCUAAAUACCAGUGGGACAUUAUGAAAUCCCUUGGUCUGUCUGAUGAAGAGAUAGUCAAAUUUUCUGAAGCAGAAUAUUGGCUUGACUAUUUCCCACCACUGGCUGUUCAGGAUCUGAAGAGAAUGGGUUUGAAGGUAGACUGGCGUCGUUCCUUCAUCACCACUGAUGUUAAUCCUUACUAUGACUCGUUUGUCAGGUGGCAGUUUUUAACAUUAAGAGAAAGAAGCAAAAUUAAAUUUGGGAAGCGGUAUACCAUUUAUUCUCCAAAAGAUGGACAGCCUUGUAUGGAUCAUGACAGACAAACUGGAGAGGGUGUUGGACCUCAGGAAUAUACUUUAAUCAAGUUGAAAGUGCUUGAGCCAUACCCAUCCAAAUUAAGUGGCUUGAAAGGGAAAAAUAUCUUCUUGGUAGCUGCUACUCUCAGACCUGAGACCAUGUUUGGACAAACAAACUGUUGGGUUUGCCCUCAUAUGAAGUACAUUGGAUUUGAGACAGUGAAUGGAGAUAUAUUCAUCUGCACCCAAAGAGCCGCAAGGAAUAUGUCAUACCAGGGCUUUACCAAGGACAACGGAGUGGUGCCUGUUGUUAAAGAGUUAAUGGGAGAGGAUAUUCUUGGUGCAUCACUUUCUGCGCCUUUAACAUCCUAUAAGGUGAUCUAUGUUCUCCCAAUGCUCACCAUCAAGGAGGAUAAAGGUACUGGUGUGGUCACAAGUGUUCCUUCUGACUCCCCCGAUGAUUUUGCUGCCUUCAGAGACUUGAAGAAAAAGCAAGCUUUACGAGCAAAAUAUGGAAUUAGAGAUGACAUGGUCUUGCCAUUUGAGCCUGUGCCAGUCAUUGAAAUUCCAGGUUUUGGACAGCUUUCUGCUGUAACCAUGUGUGAUGAGUUGAAAGUUCAGAGCCAGAAUGACCGAGAAAAACUUGCAGAAGCAAAGGAGAAAUUAUACCUAAGAGGCUUUUAUGAUGGUGUAAUGUUGGUGGAUGGAUUUAAGGGACAGAAGGUCCAAGAUGUAAAGAAGACUAUUAAAAACAAGAUGAUUGACACUGGAGAUGCAUAUAUUUACAUGGAACCAGAGAAACAAGUUAUGUCCAGGUCUUCAGAUGAAUGCGUCGUGGCCCUCUGUGACCAGUGGUACUUGGAUUAUGGAGAAGAGAACUGGAAAAAACAGACAUCCCAGUGCUUGAAGAACCUGGAAACGUUCUGUGAGGAGACCAGGAGGAAUUUUGAAGCUACCUUAGAUUGGCUGCAAGAGCAUGCUUGCUCAAGAACUUAUGGCUUAGGUACUCGUCUGCCGUGGGAUGAGCAGUGGCUGAUUGAAUCACUCUCUGACUCCACUAUUUACAUGGCAUUUUACACAGUUGCACAUCUGUUGCAGGGAGGUAACUUGCGUGGACAGACAGAGUCUCCACUGGGCAUCAGACCACAGCAGAUGACCAAGGAAGUUUGGGAUUAUGUUUUCUUCAAGGAGGCUCCAUUUCCUAAAACUCAGAUCCCAAAGGAAAAAUUAGAUCAGUUAAAGCAGGAAUUUGAGUUCUGGUAUCCUGUGGAUCUUCGAGCCUCUGGCAAGGAUCUUAUUCCAAAUCAUCUUUCAUAUUUCCUUUAUAAUCAUGUGGCUAUGUGGCCAGAAGAAAGUGAUAAAUGGCCUGUAGCUGUGAGAGCAAAUGGACAUCUCCUCCUCAACUCUGAGAAGAUGUCAAAAUCCACAGGCAACUUCCUCACUUUGACCCAAGCUCUUGACAAAUAUUCAGCUGAUGGAAUGCGCUUGGCUCUAGCUGAUGCUGGUGACACUGUUGAAGAUGCUAACUUUGUGGAAACCAUGGCAGAUGCAGGUAUUCUCCGUCUGUACACCUGGGUGGAAUGGGUGAAAGAAAUGGUUGCCAACUGGGAUAGCCUAAGAAGUGGUCCUGCCAACACCUUCAAUGAUAGAGUUUUCGCCAGUGAAAUGAAUGCAGGCAUUAUAAAAACAGAUCAAAACUAUGAAAAGAUGAUGUUUAAAGAAGCUUUGAAAACAGGGUUUUUUGAGUUUCAGGCUGCGAAAGAUAAGUACCGUGAAUUGGCCAUAGAAGGGAUGCACCGAGACCUCGUGUUCCGGUUUAUUGAAGUUCAGACACUUCUCUUGGCUCCAUUCUGUCCUCAUUUGUGUGAGCACAUCUGGACACUCCUGGGAAAGCCCGACUCAGUUAUGAAUGCUUCAUGGCCUCUGGCAGGUCCUGUGGAUGAAAGCUUGAUAUGCUCCUCACAGUAUCUCAUGGAAGUAGCACAUGACCUUAGAUUGCGACUCAAGAACUAUAUGAUACCAGCUAAAGGGAAGAAGACUGACAAGCAGCUCCCUCAGAAGCCUUCACAUUGCACCAUCUAUGUGGCGAAGAACUAUCCGUCUUGGCAACAUAUCACCCUGUCAGUUCUGCGUCAUCACUUUGAGACCAACAGUGGAAAAUUGCCUGAUAACAAGGCCAUUGCUAGUGAACUAGUCAAUUUGCCAGAAUUGAAGAAAUACAUGAAGAAAGUGAUGCCAUUUGUCGCCAUGAUUAAGGAAAAUCUGGAGAAGAUGGGACCUCGUGUUCUGGAUUUGCAAUUAGAAUUUGACGAACAGGCAGUGCUCAUGGAGAAUAUAGUCUAUCUGACCAAUUCCCUUGAGCUAGAACACAUAGAAGUCAAGUUUGCCUCUGAAGCAGAAGAUAAAGUCAGGGAAGAUUGCUGUCCUGGGAAACCACUUAAUGUUUUUAGAACAGAACCUGGUGUAUCAGUUUCCCUAGUGAAUUCUCAGCCAUUCAAUGGCCACUUCUCAACCAAAAUUGAAAUCAGGCAAGGAGAUAACCGUGAUUCUAUAAUCCGGCGUUUAAUGAAGGUGGACCGAGGAAUCAAAGACCUUUCCAAAGUGAAACUGAUGAGAUUUGAUGAUCCACUGUUGGGGCCUCGGCGAGUUCCCGUCCUGGGAAAAGAGCACGCUGAGAAGACCCCCAUUUCUGAGCAUGCUGUUUUCCACGUGGACCUCACGAGCAAGAAAAUUCAUCUUAAUGAAAAUGGGCUAUGGGCAGAUAUUGGUGAUACAAUGAUCUAUCUGGUUCAUUAAAUUCAGACACAUUGGAGAUUAUCCUGGUUUCUGGGGAUAUUACUACUAUGAUUGUGCCUAUAGAUGGGCUAUGAGAAUCUUAGGCUGGACCUAAAUAGAUUUCAUUUCUAACCAUCAAAUUCUGCAUGUAUUUGUAAAUACACCAAGUUUUCUUGGAUUCCUGGACCUAAUAAAUUUUUUUUCCUUAUUGAGGCCUUAAAGAGAAGUAGUUGUACCAUACUUUGUUUUUGUUUUUUAACAAAUUAUUUCCAUUUCCCAGAAGCUUCUAGUAUUUCAGAUUAUUACAAAAGUGUUAGUAUGCUUCUUGUAUGAGGUAUACUUCAUAUUAUUUAUGAGGCUAAGGAGUAUCUAACAACUUUUUAUAUUAUAUGCAUUGUGGAGUUAGCUGUUUUUCUUCUAAAAGAGUAAAUUAGGCAGCUAGUUUUGCUUUUUAAAAAGAACUCUCAUGAUGAUUUUAAAAGAACAGAUGAGAAUAUUUUGACUUGAUUAUGAUCACUCAGUAUUUUGUAUAAAGAACAAAUAGGUCUUAUGUUUAUAAGAAUUUUUUUAGCUUUAAUAUAUUCAAUUAACCACCAAUAAUAUUUUUUCAAGGCUAAUAUCAGUAGUUUAUAAACAGUUUAUUUGAUUUUCACUAAAUUUAGGUGAAAUUUUAGGAUUUAGGAUUUCCCCCAGAAAUCUGCAUCUAUCAGAUUUGUCUUGAGUCCAGUUGUGUUUAAAGAUCAAACCAACGGGGACUUCCCUGGUGGCACAGUGAUUAAGAAUCCACCUGCCAGUGCAGGGGACACGGGUUCGAACUCUGAUCUGGGAAGAUCCCACAUGCCGCGGAGCAACUAAACCCGUGCACCACAGCUACUGAGCCCAUGUCCCACAACUGCUGAAGCCCAUGUGCCUAGAGCCUGUGCUCCACAAUAAAGAGAAGCCACUGCAGCGAGAAGCCUGAGCAGCACCGCAACAAAGAGUAGCCCCCGCUUGCCGCGACUAGAGAGAAAGCCCGCACCCAGCAACGAAGACCUAAUGCAGCCAAAAAUAAAUAAAUAAAUAAAACAAAAACCAAAACAAAAAGGAUCAAGCCAACAGCAUUGCAAAUUCUCUUAUUCUUUCUGGAAUGUCAUUUGAUAUUGUCUGUGCCAUUUGUUUUCAUAUGAGGAAAAAAUAUUAGGUAUUGAUUGACAGACAAGAAAAACAUUUCCAUUUCUUGAAGGGUUUAAUAUGGGGAAAGUCCAACUCUGAUAAUCCUAAGGAACCUGAAUUCUAACUUUUCAGGUCAUGUAAAGAGAUUUUAUUGAGCUUCCUCAUUUUGCUUUAUACAGUUUGAGAUUACUGGGCCUAGUUGAAUGCUCUAUUAUAGAAUCAUUAAAGCAAAUCAUAGAACAUUAGAACUGAAAUAUUCCUUAGAGAUCAUUAAGUGCAAAUCAUUGUUUAUCUGCUAGGAACAGGCUGUAUAGCAGAGUGGAUAAGGUUACAUUCUCAAGUCAGGCUAGCUAUGUUAGAUUUCCAUUUCUUCCACUUGCUACUUGGGUGGUUUUGGCCAGUUACUCAGCCUAUUUCUUCAUCUGUAAAAUGGAACUAGUAAUUUACCUACUUUCUGGGCUUACUGUGAGAUGUUUAGAUGAAACAAUCUAGGAAAAUCUUACAUAUAGCAUAGUGCCUGGCAGGUGGUAGACCUUUAGAAAUGUUACUGAUGAUGAUGAUGAUGAUGAUGAUGAGCCUUCAGUAAAUGUUACUGAAUACUCCUUCUUCUAUUACUACUACUACUAUAUCAGGAUUAAGAUAUAAAGAUUAUAUUAAGAUUACUAUGGGCCAUAAUCAUGUCAUAUUUGUUUGGUUCUUCUGGGGCAGCUGUUUUGUUUGCCCUCCAUUAGAUUCUUUUCUGCUCCCUCAAUCUGCAUAGCCUUAGUUAUUCCCAACGUCAAAGUAAUCCUUCCUGGGGCCUAAAGCCUACUUAAUGUUUAACUUAGGCAAAUUAAAUGAAAUGAGCUUGGCCAAAAAAAAGAAAGGUGAAAGGAAAAUAAUUUUACUAUUGUAAGUGAUUGUGCCUAUUUUAUUAAAUGAGCCUAUUAACCUAUACUUCCUUGGAUUAAGUGUGAGUUGGGAUUCAUGGAUUCUCUGUUCCCUCAGUCUCAAUUCCUAUGUGUCUCUCUUAAGAAUAAAUGUCUUGCUGGGCUGAA